GGUAAUUGUGGCGGCUCUUUCGUAAAUGCCGGGCUGAUUCUGUCGUUAAUUCGAGUGGACUGAACCCAAGAAGCUUCGCUGAUCGGUAUUGAAAAUCAAGAGCUCUUCUGACUUUUCCAUUAUUUAAAUAUAAUAGUGUCAUUUGACUAAAAUGUUCCUGAUGCCAGCCUCUUCAGAGUUAAACAGUGGGCAGAACUUCCUAACCCAAUGGAUGACCAAUCCUUCUCGGGCUGGGGUCAUAUUAAAUCGUGGAUUUCCUAUUUUGGAAACAGAUGAAGAUAAGCACACAGCUACAAAUGCUUCUACCGGCUUUCCUGUUAAAGCUGCAUAUUUUUCAAAGAGCUUCAGUUUUAUUAGUGAAGAAGAUUCACUUCAUGAAGAACAGAAAUUGGAGUCUGAUGGCCUUUUUAAACUACAGUCAGAAAAAUCUGAAGUCCAUACAAUCUUUCCUUUAGUUAAAAAGGAACCACAAAUAGUAGCAUGCCAGGAUGCUUCUGAACACCAGGAAGAUAAUAAAAAUGACUUUAUUCCCAAUCUUGUGAGUGAAUUACAACAAGUGGCUUAUAAAGACCCACUUUUUAAAAAACUCGAACAGCUGAAGGAAGUACAACAGAAGAAACAAGAACAACUGAAGAGGCAACAGUUAGAGCAACUACAAAGGCUCAUGGAAGAACAAGAAAAGCUGCUUACUACAGUGUCUGGGCAGCACAUGCUUCCAGGUUUGACUUUACUGCCUGAUGAUCAGAACCAGAAGUACAGAUCUCCAGUAAAUUCAGCUGCUGGAGAGAAAGCCACAUCCUUCUUGCCAUCAUGUGUCUACUCUAACCAAACCCAAGAAAAAGCACAUGUUUGCAGAAUUUUAUCUGAUGAACAAAACAACUUCUGUAGAGCUACUCAUCAAGAUUUUGUCUUACCUUCAAAAAGUGCUUCUCCAAAUUUGUUUUAUGAGUCACAGUAUCAAGAACCAGCUGUGAAGAAAAAUGAUUUGAAGGAAGAAAACCAUAGCCAUCCUACAGGAGAAGGUAUUUCAUCUUGCUGGGAGAAAAUAACAGAACAGAUUCAGGAGGGGAAUGAUAUGAACUUAAAAAAGAUUGAUGAUUCCUCAGAAGUGGUUAAUAUGGAAGAAAGGCCUAUUAAAGCUGCCAUUAGAGAAAGGAAGCAGACAUUUGAAGACUAUUUAGAAGAACAAAUUCGGUUGGAAGAACAAGAACUGAAAAACAACCAGCUAAGGGAGGCAGAAGAACCUUUGCUAAUAAAAGCAAAACCCAAACAACCAUUCUUAAAACGAGGAGAAGGUUUAGCUAGGUUUACUAAUGCUAAAUCUAAGAUUCAAAAAGGGAAAGAAAGUAAACUAGUGCCUAACCAGAGCACAUCAGAGGACCACUCUGUGUUUAAAAUAGACAAACAACAAUUCCAGCGGAAAACUGCUCUUAUAAAUAAAGAACUGUGUGCAGAGAAUACUACUUUUAAAAAGGAAAAUAAAGCUAGAAACAAAACUGCUUCUGUUACACUCACUCAAAAACCAAAAGUGCCUAAAAGCAAUAAUAGGAAAAAUCUCUCUUCAUCAGUAUUGAAAAUACAGAUGGGGAAGAAAUGUGAUUGGCAAAUUAAAGAUCAGAUUAAAUUAGAAAAAAAGGUCCAAUCUAAUAACAAAGAAAAUGCACCCGAGUAUACAAAACCCUGUGAUGCUGGUUGCAAAAUGUGGAAUAAGAUACAAGGGAAAGACAGACAGCGUCUUUUAACAGGACCUGUCAGCUGCAUGGCUUCUAAGAGCCCAGUAAAUGAGAUUGUGAAGGAGUCAGAAUCUUCUCUUGAUGUUUCUCUUCAGAAAAAAUUGGAGAAUUGGGAAAGAGAAAAGGAAAAGGAAAAUUUGGAAUUGGAUGAAUUUUUAUUUUUAGAGCAAGCUGCUGAUGAAAUAUCAUUUUCUAGUAAUUCUUCAUUUGUACUGAAAAUUUUAGAAAGGGACCAACAAAUCAGCAAAGGUCAUCGGAUGUCUUCAACCCCUGUCAAAGCUGUGCAGCAGGAAAAGACACACCUGAUGAAUCCCAGUAGUCAGAAUAACCAUGGUGAAGAUCCAGGCCAUAACCCUCCCCAUGAAAGUAAAAGGGAGUGUGAGGUCACACCUAAAUCUCUUGGUUCAGCAUCCUUGCCUGAUGGAUUGAGGGAACCAUCUUGUAAAAUCAGUAGGAAGGCCUUCCAAAUGAUCACUUCUGAAAAUCAAAUGCAAUGGGAUGCAAGUGAUGAUGAAGGUGUUACAAAUAGUGACAGUAGCAUUGACUCUGAGGAGCAGCUUAAUGUUGCCAUAAAACCAUUUAGUGAGGCUGGAGAAAGAAGUUUCAACAACAGAGAGGAUAGUCCACAAGUCUGUAAUGACAAGGGGCCUAUUAGGGAUACCAGGACUCAAGAAGAUAAAAGGAGAGAUGUUGAUUUGGAUUUGUCUGACAAAGAUUAUAGCAGUGAUGAGUCUAUUGUAAUAGAAAACAUGAAUAAAGUGCCUGAGCCCUCAAGAAGACCCUCAUUUCUAAGUAUGAGUAAAAUUGAUUUUGACGAUGAAAGAUCUUGGACCGACCUUGAAGAGAAUUCAUGUAAACAUGCCAUUAAUCUUGGGGAUGAAGCCAUUUAUGGAAUGACACAGACAUGCUACCCUAAUAAAAGUGAAAUAUGUGUUAUGGACAAAACAAUUAAAAGGAAGGUUGCACCAGUCAAGAAGGGAGAAGACUUAAGCAAGUCUCGUAGGAGUAGAAGUCCUCCUCCUACCUCAGAUCUGAUGAUGAAAUUCUUCCCGUCUUUGAAACCUAAAACAAAAUCAGAUUCACAUUUAGGAAAUGAACCCAAAUUAAACAUGAAUCAAGAUCAGCCACCUGGUGACAAUGCUCGAUCCCAGAUGUUGAGAGAGAAAGUUAUUGAAUUGGAAACAGAAAUAGAAAAAUUUAAAGCAGAGAACACAUCUUUAGCUAAACUUCGCAUUGAACGAGAAAGUGCCUUGGAAAAACUCAGGAAAGAAAUUGCAGACUUUGAGCAACAGAAAGCAAAAGAAUUGGCUCGAAUAGAAGAGUUUAAAAAGGAGGAAAUGAGGAAACUACAAAAGGAGCGUAAAGUUUUUGAAAAGUAUACUACAGCUGCAAGAACUUUUCCAGAUAAAAAGGAACGUGAAGAAAUCCAGGCUUUGAAACAGCAAGUAGCAGAUUUACAAGAAGAUUUGAAAAGAAAGGAAGCAAAAUGGUCAAGCACACACGGUCGUCUCAGAAGCCAGAUAGAAAUGUUAGUCAAAGAGAACACGGAUCUCCGGGAAGAGAUAAAAGUGAUGGAAAGAUUCCGAAUUGAUGCCUGGAAGAAAGCAGAAGCAAUUGAGAGCAGCCCUAAGGCCUACCAGUGUAUGACUGCCACAAAAAACGAUGAGUCUGUGAACCCAUCUAUUCGAUUUCAAAAGAGCCACAUUUCUUCAGGAACCCAGGUAGAAAAAUGUAAGAAAAAUUAUCUGCCAACACGAGCAGGGAAUCCAUCUCAAAGAUCCAAGUCUGUACCUGUUCGUGAUUUAGGCAGCUCGGAUAAAGGACAAGCUGCCUUGCCCAGGGAGCCACUUGAACUGGUAAACUUCCCAGAUUCUGAAUAUAAAAAGAAGGAAGAAAAAGAAGAAAUUCAGGGAGAAAUCAAUCAUCCUGAUGGAAAGGUCGAAAAGGUUUAUAAGAAUGGGUGCCGACUUAUACUAUUUCCCAAUGGGACUCGGAAAGAAGUAAGCGCUGAUGGCAAGAGUGUUACUGUCAAUUUCUUUAAUGGUGAUGUGAAGCAGGUCAUGCCAGAUGAAAGAGUGAUCUACUACUAUGCUGCUGCCCAGACAACUCACACUACAUACCCAGAAGGACUUGAGGUCUUACAUUUUUCAAGUGGACAAAUAGAAAAACAUUUCCCAGAUGGAAGAAAAGAAAUCACAUUUCCUGACCAGACUAUUAAAAACUUAUUUGCUGAUGGACAAGAAGAAAGCAUCUUCCCAGAUGGUACAGUUGUCAGAGUACAACGUGACGGCAACAAAAUCAUAGAGUUUAAUAAUGGCCAAAGAGAACUCCAUACCUCCCAGUUCAAGAGAAGGGAAUAUCCAGAUGGCACUGUUAAAACUGUCUAUACAAAUGGUCAUCAAGAAACCAAGUAUACAUCUGGUCGAGUACGAGUUAAGGACAAGGAUGGUAAUGUCCUAAUGGACACAGACUUGUAAAUGAUCCUUGUAUGACUAUAAUCAUGAAUACUGAUUUUCCUGUCAAAAAUGUAUAUUUCUUGUGAAUUCUGUUUAAUUUAUUAU